AUGCCCACACCGAAGACGCAAAGAGCUUGGGUCUCACUGCAGCGAGGCCAUCCCUCGCGCUCUCUCAGUUUGAAAUCAGACUGGCCGGUGGCUGGCGAGCUCAAGAAGGACGAUGUACUGGUCAGGAUACAGGCAGCAGCGCUCAACCCAGUCGGCUACAAGAUGAUGCGCCUGUUGCCGAACUUUAUGGCGGGGAGGCCACUUGUCGUUGAGCACGACUUUGCAGGCGUCGUGGAAGACGGAAAUGACACCGAGUUCAAGGCAGGCGAUCCCGUUUUUGGUUUCAUACACGUCUUCGACAAUCAGAAGUCCAGGCAGGGCAGUCUGUCAGAAUAUGCAGUUGUUCCUGCAGCUGCGGUUGCUCUUCGUCCACCUACAAUCGACGUUGCUAACGCGGCUGGUAUCGCUCUGGCCGGACUAACAGCCUAUCAGGCACUUUUCAAGGAUGCUGGUCUGGAGCCUGGUCAGAAAGUCUUUAUCAACGGCGGGAGCACCGCUGUCGGCUUAUUUGCAAUUCAAAUCGCAAAGGCUCAUGGCAUGACCGUGGUGGCGAGUGCAUCUUCCAGGAACGAAGGGCUCGUGAAGGAGAUGGGGGCCGACGAGUUCAUUGACUAUACAAAAGAACCAUUACACCAAUAUCUGGCGUCACAUCCGCCUGAGCCCAAAUUUCAUGCCAUCAUCGACGCCUUCGGACUAUCGGACCCCUCUCUUUAUACCCACAGCCCUCAAUACCUUGCACCUCAAGGAGUCUUUGUCACGACUGGUCCAUUUCCCCAUAGCACCACUAUAAGCGAGUUUUUUAACGCCUUCUUGACCAUUGUCGCCACCGCUAGACCGGUUUGGCUGGGUGGAGUCAAUAGGAAAUACAAGCUCGCUGCUGUCAUGGUUGACAAAGCAGACUUGAAUGCCCUCAGCCAACUCAUAGCAGAAGGAAAGCUGAAGGGUGUAGUCGACUCAAUUUACCCCAUAGAAGAUGCCCUGAAGGGGUACGAACGGUUGAUGACAUCGAGGGCUGCCGGGAAAGUGGUGAUCAAAAUCGACCCGAGUGUGCAAUGA